CCAGGGAAAAGAUGUAGAAGCAGGAUACGAACUGGGGGACAGGUGGUGAUGGUAGCAACGGCGCGCUCCCCUUACCUGUGGAUUCAUGUAUGCAAAAAGGAUCAGAAACGGAGAGCGGUUCAAGUAUAUCGCUGUCGGUGUAAUAACAGGCAGUCAAUGGCAUUUCAGACAGGAUGGACCAGCAGGGCCCGCCUCCAUUAUACUUGAGGGUUGCCAGCUACUCAUGCUCGCUUCGCCCCUCGCUGCAGCCUUCCCUCGCCUCCUGCGCCCGUAAGAUAGAUAAUUAUGAGGGGCGUCCUGCUUCACCUGAGUUUUGAGAGUCCUGUGUCAUGAUGAGCGGUGAAAGACAAAGUAUGAAAUUUAAAGGUCGCUGUGACAACAAACUUUUUCCAACGCUCGCUGAGUGGCCGCACAUCCUCGAGCCAGCCCGAGUCAGUGUGCGUUUGGCUUGCGUGGAGGGAGGACGUGCGCCGGUCUUGUUGUGGCGUCCGCGCGCUGUGCUCUGGUAACUUUUUCGCAUCCCUCGAGAAAAUUAUAAUUAUUUGUUAUACCCACAUGAAUACAAGUGCAGAAAAGAUAUCAUGAAGUUUAUGUUGGUUAUUGGCGCGUUGCUCGAGACCAGUGAUUAAAGCGAAGCAGUAUUUACUCGUAUAGUUAGGGACUUUUUUCUUUUUUUUUUUUUUUGAUACUUUUUUUUUUGGUUGGACUGCGUGGCGGCCUCAAGUUUGGGAACGUCCGCCCGGAGAGAAGAGGUGCGGUGCUGCCUUGUGGCCUCCCGCCUCGCCUGCCUCGCCAUGGAGGAACUCUUGAGGAGCAGUGCCUGGGCGCGGUGUUGAUGGGCGGGCCAGGGCGGGAGCAGCGCCCCCCGCGGCACCAUGUGUGACUGUGGCCUGACAGAAGACGCCCCCGGCCCGGCCCGCAGGCCCGCGCGGGCGGACCAGCAGGGCCACGCGGCGGGCCACCCUCACCGCCGGAGAGGAAGGAUGUGGAGCUGCGGCGCGCGGGGAGUGAUGGGAGUUAGCUUUAGUGUUCUAGUCUUGCUGGCGUGUUGGUGCGGCGUGUGUGUGGCGGCCGGGCCACGGACGCUCCGGGGCGGUGGUUGUCCGUCUGACCGUCACUCCAGCAGCAUCGUGGCCCAGUUCUGCACGGGGAACAGCAGUCUGGAGCUGCAGCACCUCGUCUAUAACAGAGCCGCCGGCGUGCUGUACAUCGGGGGCACCAAUAGGCUGUGGGCCCUGGGCGCCGCCAACCUGGACCUGGAGGAGCGGGUGGAGACAGGGCCGCGGUUCGACUCUCCUGGGUGCCACGCGUCAGGCUGCGACCAGGAGAACAAGGCCAAGCGUGUCUUCACCAGUAACGUGAACAAAGUGUUGGUGCUGGACCCCGACGGCUUCACGCUGCUCAUGUGCGGCUCGGUGUCCCAGGGCGCCUGUGAAAAGUUCCGCACCGCCAACCUGUCCCUCACGCCAGAGUUCAUUCCGCGCUCCGUCGCAGCGAACGACCCUGACUCCUCCACCUUCGCCUUCGUGGGCCCCGAGCAUUAUAACCAGUGGAGCGGCUCAUCCGCCCUGUAUGUGGGCACCACCUUCACCACGGUGGGCGACUACCGCCACGAUGUGCCCGCCAUCUCCACCAGGAACCUUCACGACCUCGACUACGCGGAGUUCUCCUUCUCCAAACAGUCACUUCUGCGCAUCGACGUCAAAUACCGUGAUCACUUCCUGGUGCAGUACGUGUACGGCUUCAACGCCAGCGACUACGCUUACUUCGUGACGGUGCAGAAGAAGUCACACCUACCGGGGCAGGAGGAGUCAGGCUACAUCUCCCGCCUGACGAGAACUUGCAUCACCGACGCCAACUACGACUCGUACACGGAGAUCACGUUGGAGUGUGUGGGCAGCGACGGCGUCAACUACAACCUGGUGCAAGACGCCAAGCUGGUGGAGGCCGGCAGCGACCUGGCCUCUAGCAUGGGUCUACCUGACGGCAGCCACAUCCUGGUGGCCGCCUUCGCGCCCUCUGAGGGCCACACUGCCCGCCCCAAAACCGCCUCCGCCUUGUGCGUGUACUCCGUCCACGACAUCGAGGCGAAGUUCAACGAGAACAUCCACAUGUGCUUCAACGGGUCCAUGCAGUACCGCGGCAUGGAGUACAUCUCGGGGCCGAUCCUCAACGGGAAGUGUCCUGCGGCCGGGACCAUGGGAAACAUCUACAACUUCUGUGAGGUCGGCCUGAAGGUGUCCGGUGUGUCCCCCAUCCACGCCGGCGCCGCCCUCGCGUACAAGAACGUGAGUCUGAGCGCCGUGCAGUCCGCCGUCACCGCCCACCACACCUUGCUCUUCAUGGGCACCACCACGGGCACGCUGAAGAAGGCGCUGCUGGCGGGGCCCGAGGACGCCGCUGAGUACGGGGAAGACGUGAUAGACCCCGGCAGCCGCGUCCUUCCUGACAUGACCCUGGACAACCCGGGGGCCCACCUCUUCAUCCUCACCACGACCAAGGUCACCAAGUACCGGGUCGAGGACUGCGCCUCCUACACCAACUGCUCCUCCUGCCUGGGGGCGCGGGAUCCCUACUGCGGCUGGUGCUCCCUCGAGAAAAGGUGCACGGUGCAGUCGGCCUGUCAGAAGGCCACCUUCUCCUCGCCUCGCUGGCUCAGCUUCGGCUCGGGCCAGCAGUGUAUCGACUUCGAGAUGAUCCUGCCAGACCGCCUGCCCAUCACCCAGUCCGCCACGGUGCAACUGACCAUCCGCACGCUGCCGGAGCUGCCUGCCGGCGCCAAGUACCAGUGUGUGUGGGGGUCGGCGCCCCCUGAAGAUGGACUGGUGACGGCAUCUGGGCUGACGUGCGGCACGCCCGCCCCCCAGCACCGGCCGCCCAUCCCCGCCCACCAUGACCACGUGCUGGUGCCCCUCGCCGUCCGCUCCAGCGAGACCAACAAGGACUUCGUCUCCCGAAACUUUGCCUUCUAUGACUGCGGCCGCCACAACACCUGUGGCAGCUGCGUGCGGAGCAACUGGGCGUGCAACUGGUGCGUGUACGAGAACACCUGCACGCACAACGCCUCCUCCUGCAGCGGGAACGUCGUGUCCGGGGAAAACGUAAGCAUCCUGCAGCUGCUGAGAGAGAACCCCGCACAGCUAGCCACGCACGGCUCAGGCUUCUGCCCGAGGUUCUGGCCCGACCAGACUCCCCUGCUGGCCGCGGACGGCGCCCUGUCCGAGCUGGUGCUGCUGGUGGAGAACCUGCCGGUGCCACGCGUGGGGCAGCUGGGCUUCCAGUGUGUGGUGAGCGUGGAGGGCGCCACCAUGAAGGUGGGGGCUAGAGUGAUGGGCGGCAGGGAGGGUGGCGACGUGCUCCCUGCCGGCACGUCCACCACGCUGAGCCACCAGCAGCAGCACCGGCGACUGCAGCGCGUGGUGUGCGAGCCCACCGUGUACCGCUACGAGUCCGCGGAGGGCGAGUACGAGGCGCGCGUCACGCUGGUGUGGAAUCGCGACCACGUGGUGGACGCGAGGCCACUCACGCUAUACAAGUGUGGCGUGUUGGGCGCGCACCGCGGCCACCACGACUGUUCCCUGUGUGUCACGCGCCACCCGCGGUACCGCUGCGCCUGGUGCGGCGCCGCUUGCCGCUACGCCCCGCACUGCCCCGUGGCCGCAGCCUCCUCCUCGCCUUCUCUGCCACGCCCGCCCCUGGAGGACGCCCGCCUCAGCCAGUGCCCCACGCCCAGGAUUGAUUUGAUCCAGCCGCUGGCAGGACCGCUGGAGGGCGGCACAAUGGUCACCAUCGAGGGCAGCAACCUGGGCCUGCGGGAGGAGGACGUGAAGAACAACGUGUUCAUCGGGGACGUGCCCUGCCAUGUCCAUGACUACCGCGUGUCCGUCAAGAUCACGUGCCUCACGGGCCCAGCGCCCCUCACCCACGGGACACACAGCGGCAGUGACUUGCAGUUCCCCGUCAGGGUCACCACGCCCGCCGGCACCACGCGCUCCACCGUCAAGUUCACCUACACCAACGUGAGCGUGACGGGCGUGUGGCCAACGCGCGGGCCGGUGUCUGGCGGCACGGUGCUCUCCAUCAGCGGCCGCUUCCUCAACGUGGGCUCCCACGUGUCGGCGGAGCUGGACGACCUGCCGUGUGUCGUCAACAAGACGCAGUCGUCGUCGCACCGCCUGGUGUGCGUCACCUCGCGGGCGUCGGGGUCAUGGGAGGGCGGCAAGGAGGGCGAGGGGCUGCCGGCCACGGUGCGGAUGCUCACCGUGAUGGUGGAUGGCGCGCGCCGCUCCCUUGCCUCGCCCUUUGUCUUCACGCCUGAUCCCAGAGUGCUCGAGCUCAAGCCGCUGCGGAGUCCCUGGAGCGGCGGCCGCCUCGUCACCGUCCACGGCACUCAUCUGGACGCCAUUCAGGCUCCACGCAUCACAGUCAAUCUGUUUGAGCGUGUCCUCAACUCCUCCGCCUGUCGCGUUCUCAGUGCUGACCAGAUGGAGUGCCCCUCGCCGCCCCUUGACCGCGAUGCCGUGCUGGCCAUCCUGGAGGCGCAGGACAACCUGCGUCGCCGCCGAAGGAGUCGAAGCAGGAGAUCUCACAAGAUCCAGCGCUCGCCGCGGAGACGCGACCACGAGGGGGAUGAGGUGGCCGUGGACGUGGGCUUCCUGAUGGACGGCGUGGUGUCGGUGAUGCACCUGCGCCAGCACUUCCCCAACGUGCGCUCCCGCCUCACCUACCUGCCGGACCCCGUGUAUUACACCUUCCCGCACGGCGUCAAGCUGUACAAGGGUGACACGCUGGUGGUGGAGGGCGAGCACAUCAACGACGCCGCCGAUGAGAGUGACGUGCGGGUGACAAUCGGCACUGCCAUCUGCAACGUGACCUCCUUGGCCAUGACGCAGCUGGUGUGCACGCCCCCGGAGCUGCAGCCCGAGCCCACUGACGAGCGCGGCUUGUACACCCCCGAGCAGUUGCCCUUGGUGGUGGUGCACGUGGGUCAGUACCUGCGCUUCCCCCUGGGAGUCCUGCGCUACGAGCGCCACAGGCGCUUCCCCCUCACCCCGGAAGGCAUCGCGGGCCUGGCCGGCGGCGCCCUCUUCCUGGUGCUGGCGUCCUUCGUGGUGCUGGCCGUAUACCGCCGCAAGUCCUCGCAGGCGGAGCGGGUGUACAAGCUGAUGCAGCUGCAGAUGGACAGCCUGGAGAGUCACGUGCGCACCGAGUGUAAGCAAGCCUUCGCUGAGCUCCAAACGGACAUGACAGACCUGACGGCGGACCUGGAGUCUUCCGGCAUCCCCACCCUGGACCACCGCACCUACGUGAUGAAGGUGUUCUUCCCCGGCGUGGCGGACCAUCCCAUCCUGCAGGACCCCAAGGCGCGCGCCCACGGCCCGAGGACCAACUACGACGUGGCGAUGUUGCAGUUUGAGCAGCUGGUGGCAAACAAGCACUUCCUUCUCUCCUUCAUCGACACCCUGGAGGCGCAGAAGUCCUUUAACAUCAGAGACAAAGUGAACGUGGCCUCCCUGGUGACGGUGCUGCAGAUGGGGCGCAUGGAGUACCUGACGGAGGUGAUGCGGUGUCUGAUGUUGCGUCUGGUCGCCAACGCCGCGGCCACCAAGCACCCACAGCUCAUGCUCCGCCGCACCGAGAGUGUCGUGGAGAAGAUGCUCACUAACUGGAUGGCGCUGUGCAUGUAUAACUACCUGAAGGAGGACGCGGGCACGGCGCUGUUCCUGCUGUUCAAGGCCAUCAAGCACCAGGUGGAGAAGGGCCCCGUGGACGCCGUGACCCACGACGCCCGUUACUCCCUAUCCGAGGAGCGUCUUCUUCGGGAGCAGGUGGAGUUCAGCCCCGUGACCAUCCACCUGCUUCAUGAUGACCCCCACUAUGAAAAAAUUCCCUACCAGACAACCUACAGUACGCUGAACAUGUACGCUGAAGAGUAUGAGGAGAAGGUGCAGGUGAAGGUGCUGGACUGCGACACGAUCAGCCAGGUGAAGGCCAAGAUCCUGGACGCCCUCUACCGCAACACCCCGUACUCCCUCCGCCCCUCCGUCCACGAAGUCGAUCUAGAGUGGCGUCACGGGCGGGCUGGACGAGUCACUCUGAGCGAUGAGGACAGCACGGUGGUGACGGGAGCGGGCGGCUGGCGGGCUCUUAACACCUUGGCCCAUUACGGUGUACGCGACUCAGCGGUGAUGGCACUCAUUCCCCGACAGAACGACUCCUUCUCCUCCAACUGUACGGGAUACUACUCCUAUGCUAACAGCGUCUCGCCCCUCAAUUCCCCUGGAGGUGACGGAGGGGAGUGCGGCAACGCAGCGGGAAGGGCCAGCGGACCGGCCCGGGCGGCGGGGGUCCAUCUGUACCACCUGGUGCGGACUGCGGACGAGACUGCCUCCGGGACUCUGGGCUCCUCGCGGGACGGGCGGGACCGCACCUACGGCACGCACAAGGCCAUCCCGGAGAUCUUCCUGACGCGGCUGCUCUCCACCAAGGGCACCGUGCAGCAGUUCGUCGACGACUUUUUCAGAACAAUCCUGAGCGCCAACGACGGCCUGCCGCCCGCCGUCAAGUGGCUCUUCGACUUGCUGGAUGACGCCUCGCGCGCCCACGGCAUCAACGAUCCCGAGGUGGUGCACGCCUGGAAGUCUAACUGCCUGCCGCUGCGCUUCUGGGUCAACUUCAUCAAGAAUCCUGAUUUCAUCUUCGACAUCGCCAAGACGCCCACGGUGGACUCUUGCCUGUCCGUCAUCGCCCAGACCUUCAUCGACGCGUGCUCCACCACCGAGCACCGCCUGGGCAAGGACUCGCCCUCCAACAAGCUGCUCUUCGCCAAGGACAUCCCGCGGUAUAGAGCACAGGUGAAAAACUUUUACAGCGACGUGGGCAGCGCGCAGCCCGUUAGCGAGCAGGAGCUGGGCCAGCACAUGCAGCAGCUCUCAGCUGCCCACGCCGGCCACUUCGAUAACAUGGCGGCCUUGAAGGAACUCUACAUUUAUGUCACCAAGUACCACGAGCCGAUCCUGGAGUCGCUGGACGCUGAUCCCCUAUGCAGGAAGCUGAACUUGGCCCACCGCCUGCAGUCCAUCGCCUACAUCCUGGAGUCCUACAGUCACGCAGGACCCGUCGCCCCCAUGCCGCCCUUGCAGCUGGCCGGCCAACUCUCCGAGCUCUGAGGCGGCCCCAUCUCCACAUCACCCCGCCCUCCGCCCCGCCCCUCACCUGCCCCUCGCCCCGCGCCCCUCACGUAGCCUAGUGACAAGUGCCGCUGGUCGCAUUUUCCGACAUAAGGAACCCAUGGAUUUUUUUAUGAUUUUUCUUACGUGGAAGUGAACAGCAAGUGGGAGAGAGAGAGAGAGAGAGAGAGAGAGAGAGAGAGAGAGUGUGUGUGUGUGUGUGUGUGUGUGUGUGUGUGUGUGUGUUGCUACGAGACGGCCCGCUGUGUGUGUGGGUGAGAGAGAGAGAGAGAGAGAGAGAGAGAGAGAGAGAGAGAGAGAGAGAGAGAGAGAGAGAGAGAGAGAGAGUCGGCCAGUGUUCCUCCCGAGUGCAAUAACGCAGUGCCGCCGCGCCCCGCCCCUCCGCCGCGCCGCGCAGAUGUGUGUGUUUUUAUGACUUUGUACCGAUCUGCCGAAGUGAGUGUUGCCGUGUGAGAUGAACUUGAGAAGCCAGGUGACUGAGGGGAGAGUUGGGCGAGUGUAGAUAGUGUGGAUAGAGGGGAGGAGAGAAAGAAAACAACCCACAAAACAAACACUGAAGCUGCCGCCGAGGGUGCGCCUCGCUGCGCCGCGCCGCGCCCCGGCAAGUUGAUUGUGAUACUUUGAACUCCUGUUUGUGUGUUAGUCGCUGUGGUCUAGUGCUAGUGCCUAAGGAUACAAUGUUCCUUGUUUUACAUAAAGUGCUUCUUCGACACCUUCACGCUUCAUCCUGCAUGAUGGCCGCCCAGGUGCGUCCCGUGCCGCCACCCCGCGACGGACACCUGUGUUGACCUUUGUACAUACACACUUAACUUUUUUAAUGCCGCCGCAGGAUGGGGAGAGUAAGCGAGGAAGCCUGAGGUGGACAGGUCAUUUGGAGGCUUUUUUUUUCUGUUCCUCCUUGCCUGUCCCCUGCCGGCACCUUAGGAUGUGUGUCCCACCAGCCGCGCCCCGACCCGCAUCCUGUGUUCCCCGGACCGUCUCGGUGCUGCCUUCUGCUGGAGAGGACCCUGUGUGGCUGGGACACUGCCGGCCGCUCCCUGCCCCUGUGGCCCACUAGUCUGGAUUCCUAUGUGUGUCUUUUUUGUAUCCCCCUCUUAGUUCAUUGUUUUAUUAAUUUAUCCAGUUGAUCCAAUUUAGACACUGUACAGAACUGUCUAGCGAUUUGCAGGAAGAGAACUGAUGCUGCAAAUUAUCAUUUUCCUCAUUUUUUACUACGUUGUAUAUUUAGUUUCCUUUUUAUAUCGUUAUUUGAUUAAGGACGUACGUAUGAAUCUCCCUUCUAUAUAUAUAUAUGAUGCAUACCCUGUUACGUGGUGUAGCCUUGAGGACUCGCUUCCGAGAGUCGGCCGCUGAGCUGGUGGGAAGAGUGGAAGAGUGUGUCCAUGGAUUGAAGCUUCGUGCCCUCACCAACCCUCUCUGUCCCCCUCCAAACACCUCCUGCCCUUGAAACAAUUCCCCUUGUUCCCAUUCCCUUUCAGAUUCCCCUUAGAAACAAUCUUACCCCUUAAAAAGUUCCCCUUAUUCCCCUUCCUCGUCAGAUUCCCAUUCAAACACCAAUUCCCUUACUAUCCCCAACUUCUUCAUCCCAUUCCUCUUUCAAAUAACUCCUUUCAUUAUGCCUUCACUUACCCUCUGUUCUCCCUCACCAACUCCCUCCCUCUUCCCUUUCCACUGACCUCCCCUCUAAACACCCCGCCCCCCAAUAUUCCUCAUCACCUACCUGACCUUGAAAAUUUUAAAGUUGUCCCUUGUCUUUCCCGAAAACCCCUUUAGUAUUGUCCUCCUCCUCCUCCUCCUCCUCCUCCUCCUCCUCCUCCUCCUCCUCACAGUAUAACAUUUACUGUAUUUCCGUCAUGUAUUUGUCCUUAAGUUUUAUCUCUUUUUUAUUUUCACUUCUGUUUUUAUUGUCAUUUUUUUUUCCUCUCAUUGAGGAUUUUUAAAUUGUCUUUUUAUGUUCUCGUUUAAAUUCUUACUUUUUUUUUUUAAGUCUGGCUUGUGAAUAGAACAAGUCCAUUUUCUCUCUUUUGUUUUCUUGACGGCAAAGAAAACGCGACUGAAUAAUUAUUAGCAUUGUUUUAUUAUUAUCAUGAAACUUUUAUUUGAUAUUCUUUUUAUUAUUCAUCUGAUGAAUAUGACUGCUCUCUCUCUCUCUCUCUCUCUCUCUCUCUCUCUCUCUCUCUCUCUCUCUCUCUCUCUCUCUCUCUCUCUCUCUCUCUCUCUCUCUCUCUCUCUCUCUCUCUCUCUUGAAAUGGAUGUCCUCUCUUUACUUUUAAUUUGAGUGUUUAUACUGAUUGUCCUCAUUUUCCGCUUCAUCCUCACGCCCUCCUCGUCCUCCUCCUCCUCCUCCUCCUCCUCCUCCUCCUCCUCCUCCUCCUCCUCCUCCUCCUCCUAUUCUUUUCAUUCUCUUCAUCUUUUGCCUUCUCUUUCAGUUUCCUUACACUUUCCCCAUCCUCCCUGAUCUGUUCCAUCCUUCCUUCGUCUCCUUCCCUCCUCCUCCUUUCCUUCCCAUCCUCUCUUCCGCCUCCCUCCUCCUUUCUUUCCCAUCCUCUCUUCCUCCUCCCUCCCUCCCCCUCUCCCUUACCUUGCCUCCUCAGAUACAUCAAAUUAACGUAGAUAUUGUAAUUUACACUAUGCAACCCUUUGAGGAGUUAAGAUGUACUAGACGCCGUUGAGGUGAAGAAGAACAUAAAUUUUGGGGGACAUUGUAUAAAUCUGUACAGAGAACGUUUGUUAUUGUAAAGUAUUUUUGUAAAUGUGAAGUAAGAGGGCAUUGUGUAAAAUCUUGCAACUUUACUACAAAUAAAGUGAGUGCCAAGUGA